GUCGUUUGCUUCCCCCACAUCUCAAGUGUCCAUCUCUUUGUAUUCUUGCAGGUGGUAUCAUGCUAUAGUCCCAACGCCAAAUCUAACUACACAUAGCAACAAGAGCCAAACCUAACUACACAUAGCAACAAGAGCCAAAUCUAACUACGCAUAGCAACUAGAUCAAACUACCAAUAACAAGAGGGCGGCAUAGGCUACUGUCUUGACAUUGAACAAAUCGAACCCCUGUGUCAUCAAGAGGAAAUAGUCAAACAAACUACUUCUAAUACAUCCGUAUUAAGUUAUCCGCAGAAGUAUUGAUGGAAAUUCCAACAUAGUACAAUCAUCAAAGAAAAAUUAAGCUGGAAAUCGAGAAAGAUUUAACAUUGAUCAAAUCUCGAUUAAUUUUUAAUGCUGUCGAUAGUGUAGGACAAUAGUUCCAAACUGUCUAGCUUACUUACACAAAACGUGGAUGUGUACCUAUGGCCCAUGGGCAACUGAUAACCAUAGCCCUGUUUUCUUCAACGAUGCCACUGAACUACAGAUCAAUAAUUACGAAGAUCUAGACAAGAAACUUUAUAAGCAUUGAAUCAAUCGUGUCAUUGCAAAACAAUUGCCACUUCCGUCAGCGUGGGAUUGAAAAAUAUAGUGUGACAUUCUCGGGUUGAGCUCUGCCGCACACUCAUUUGAACCAUUGCCGUAGCCAAUUAGCACUGCAUCAUUAACAUAUAUUUCGUCUGAAUCUCUCCAUUGUUGUAAAAUACCAAAUUCCAAGAUGCCUGUUAUUCCAAUCAUCAAUAAAGACAUGAACGUUGUCAUGGAAAUGAUAAAGGACAAAAUUGCCGAGCCAAAAUCCCAACGCAAGAUCGUGUUGGUGAUAGUAUGCAUAGCUCUAUUGCUAGAUAACAUGCUGUAUAUGGUCAUCGUACCUAUAAUACCCGCAUUUCUUAGAGAUAUCAAUGCAUUUGAGAAAUCGUCAACUGAGAUCGAGGCAACUUCCACCCCAGCACCUACUAGUAGCUCUAGUGCAUGGAACGAGACCUAUACGUCUUCUUGGAUCAAUUUCACAUCAUCCCCAAAAAAGAUUACGCCUUUAGUUGAUUAUAGCGCGGCUGAAGACACAUCAGUUGGAAUUCUGUUCGCAUCAAAGGCCAUUGUACAGCUGCUGGUCAACCCCUGCUCUGGAGCUAUCAUAGAUAGAAUAGGUUACGACUACCCGAUGGUCAUCGGUUUGACUAUUAUUUUCUUCUCUACCACUAUAUUUGCAUUUGCCAAAAGUUUUCUUACAUUAUUCGUUGCAAGAGGCUUACAAGGCGUAGGAUCAGCAUUUGCAGAUACAUCAGGCCUUGCUAUGAUUGCCGAUAGGUACACGGAUAAAGCAGAGAGAACAAAGGCGCUUGGCAUAGCUUUAGCGUUCAUCUCAUUCGGAUGCUUAUUCGCACCGCCAUUUGGGGGAGUUCUUUAUCAAUUUGCCGGUAAAGAAGUCCCUUUCGUACUCUUAGCUGUGCUUGCGCUUCUCGAUGGAAUACUUCUCCUUGUGGUCAUGAAACCAGUUCGCCAACAACGGAAAGAAAUGAAACAAUCAGGGAAUCUCCCGAAAGGUACACCAAUUUGGCGACUAUUUAUUGAUCCCUAUAUCACUAUUGCAGCCGGGGCGUUGGCGAUGGCGAAUGUUUCCUUGGCGUUCCUUGAGCCAACUAUUGCCAUUUGGAUGAAACAAACCAUGGACGCCGAUGAGUGGCAAAUGGGAUUUAUAUGGCUACCAGCGUUCUUCCCUCACGUGUUGGGAGUUUAUUUGACCGUUAGGCUAGCAAGCAAAUAUCCCAAGUACCAAUGGUUAAUGGCGGCUAUAGGACUUGCAUUAGAAGGGCUAUCUUGUUUGAUUGUGCCAUUUGCUACAAAUUUUGGCGUUCUCGUAAUACCACUUAUGACCAUAUGUUUUGGUAUAGCCCUUGUUGAUACUGCAUUGCUUCCUACGAUGGCGUACCUUGUCGACGUCCGUCACGUUAGCGUGUAUGGAAGCAUCUACGCCAUCGCCGAUAUCUCCUAUUCACUGGCCUAUGCAUUUGGGCCGAUUGUUGCGGGUGGUAUUGUCUCCUCUAUAGGGUUUACAGCUUUAAACAUUGGCAUAUGUGUUAGCAAUGUUGUCUUUGCUCCCAUUCUUAUAGGCCUUAGGCAUAUAUAUGACUAUGCCCCAUUCAAGAAUGAAGAAGAUAUCCUUAUUGAUGGCGAGACCCCGAAACCAUCCUAUAAAACCUAUAUGAUGAAUGAUGAGUAUGGAUCUGGGCAGAAGGAGAUUAACACACAAGAGCCAAACCAUUUAGCUUACAAAUCAAGUCACACUGAUGAUAGUGAAGAUUCGGACGAAGUAAUUGAUACCAAUUUACAGACAGUUAAUGAUAAUCAGCCCCAUGAUCCUUGGAACGCACCACAACAACCUGUUAGAAGUCCGAACAAUCCCUUUCGCCCACACGAAAACUCAAAUAAUGAUUACCAAGGGUUUCGAUAACCAGAGGAUACCCUAGACAGUUUGCCAAAUGAUAACUUGCAAUAAUAUAUGUGAUACAAGCUUUGUUUUAUUAGUAAUUCAUAACCCGAUUUCUUGAAAGAGCGUAUUAUGUCAUGUAACAAUAGCAAUGGCAAUAUACUUUGUUAUUUGUUAAAUUUUUAAUGACUUGCUUCUUAGAAGAUGUAGAAUGGCAUUGAUAUGAUGUUAGUUUGAAACCAUUGCUUCCGUCACUUUGUGUAUCUAGGUAGCGUAAUGAAUAUAUCAAUAUUGGAAUAAUAGUUUAAUUACGUCUUAUCUUUGUAGUCUCACAAGAAGUAGAUAAAAUUAUCUUUAGGACCAUUGUUUGUGUGUGCUUUCCCUUAUAGAUUCUUCCCAAGAAUAUGUCAACAAUACUUUAUUUUUGUUUUUAUGAAUUUGGUUUUUAAUUAUCCUGUAUUUUUUCUCAAUACUCUUCUCAUCAAUUUUUCUAUUUUGCACCUCCUUGUUAUCUUAUACUUGUCAUAUCACAUCUCUGUAACUCUAUCCUUUCUUUAUCACACACCCAUCCUUUAUCACACUCCUUAUUACACUAUUUACAUUGCGAUAUGUUGCUCAUACUGAACCAAAUUUAUUAGUUUUUCUAUCUCUCUUUCAUUACUUUACUCAUUCUAUGAAAUUCUAAUUUUCAGUUUUUCUGACUCUAAGGUAGUAUUCGCGAAUUCAACUGACGGCUGACGGUUUAACAUACUUGUAUAUGGUCAACUCAUUUAAAUAUGAAUUGGAUAAUGACAGAACUAUCCAUAUUUAAAUGAGCUGUCCAUAAAUUAGUGGGUCAAUCCGCAAGCCGGGAGUUGCAUUCGCGAAUACUACUUAACUUUUUUAUUUGUUUGUUUUAAUUUUAUUUGAUUUAAAGUUGACAUAAACAUACAAUAGGUGGAUAAAUACAAAAAUGAUACUGAAUAGAAUAUGUGUGUAGUACCCUGCGUGCAGAGUCUAGUUACAAACUACCGAAGACGAAGCUCUCUUUUAAGAAGUGAAGUUGAACGGAUGCAAAGGGUAUGUUAGUAGUAGAGUCAAGUUGAAAUAUGAGAAUGAUGCUGUUAUUGAAUCCCAUUCUGAAGACCACACUCUCUUUCAUUGGGAACCUUUCUUACUUUAUCGCCCUCUCUAUCGCUAUGUUUUCCAACGCUCUAUCGUUACGCUUAUUCUUUAAGCUUUCCACAACUCUCGACAGUUCUACAGUUAUUUUAUCAUGCUACCAUUUCUCAUUCUUCCCUGUGUAUGACUUUACAUUUAUUUUAUUUGGUACCCAUCUCUCUUUUGGGCUAUAAUCUCUUUCGCUUAUAUUCGCUCUAUCUACUUAUCAUCCUCUUCCUUUUCCUCACAAUCUACAUCUCAUCCUCUUACUCUCUCUCUCUCAUUUACUCUUCAUCUCUCCCAAUCGCUCUAUUUCCAUCUCUCUCUUUCUCUCCAUCCCCUCUCUAUCGCCAUCUGUUCCUCUCUCGCUGUCCAUAUCGCAAGAAAUUUCCAAUUUACGAGAGUAAAUAAUUGGCUAAAACACUGUCAGUAUUGCUAAGGAAGAAUACCCAAGAUUAUCUGAAAAUUUAUGAAUACAAGAGGAGUUUGGCAUAAUGCUACAAAAAUAUACUCUCCAUUGUUGGGACAACGUGUGACUAAUCAUUAUGAAUGUUUUUGUUAUUUUGUUUGUACGUUUUAUAUAAAUUUUCAUUUCUGUGCCACCUAUGAUGUAACGUUGUUGGAUGGAAAGUAAAAGUAUUUACUGAAAGUAUAUGAGUAAAUAUCAUGACAAUUCUUUAUUCAGUAAUGGUGUUGUUAAAAAGAUAAAGUAGAUAGAUCGGGCCUUUCUUCUAGGUUGUGGUAUAUAGCACUUGUACAUCAUAUUUACCACAUUGGUUAAGAACCGUAGCUGUUGUCAAAUUGAUUUUCAUAAAAUUUAUUUAUCUACUCGAUUAUCGAUAAUUAUGUUGUUUAUGUAAGUGUCAAACAAUGGAAAUAUCGUUAAUGUACAUAAUUAAGUUGAUUACCGUUAGCUUGAUAGUGUAAUUUCCGGAUGUUGGUACAAAUUACACUUCGAUUUGGAAAUAUAAUUAUCCGUUUUGUAACAAUGUGCAUAGAGUUUUAUUUGUUCUUAACAUCCCCGAAGGUUUCUGCGUAUAAUGGUAACUACAUCUCCCCACGGUGAGCACUUGUUUGCCAUAUAUAGUAAAAUGAUAAAAUACUCUCAUCCCAGUCUGUCAGGUAGAUGCGGGGUGAAAUAAGAAAAGAUCAUCUUGUCUG